GGGACCCUUCAGUCCGCAGGCCGACGCUCUAUCCACUGAGCCAACCCUGUUUCGGCCAAAUAAUUUUUUUUUAACUUCCUUGCUCUUAUGAACAGUACUUAAAUCAUUCGUAGACCAAGGGGAUCCAGAGAGGUUGAGUGGGAGGCCUGGGGUCCCACACCAUUUCAAAGCAGAGCUUGGGCUGGGCUCCUUGACUAUAGGACUCUGUCUUCCACCCAAGACUCUGCCCUCCAGCUCUUCCCUGUCCUCCGCUGGGGGGAGGUGGACACCCUGAAGCCAGCAUGGGAUUGGGGGGUGGGUGUCCUCAGGAGGCAGAGACCCACCCUCCAUCACCUUCGUGCUUGGCUGGGGGCUUGGUGCCCAGGGCCUCUCCCCGAUGACAUUCCAGGGGGUCCUAACGUGUCUGUCUUCCUUCUCCUUCCUGCCCGGAUUCCCAGAAGGCGAGGGAUAAAACUCUACGGAAACGGUAAGUGAGGGCUCUGCCCGCGUGUCUUCCUCACCUCCCAUCUGCCAUGUCUCCUUGGGGUUGGGCAGAUGGAGAGAAAGCAUGAUGAAGACUUCUGUCAGCCAGAGCAGCUGGCCCAGCCUCAGUUUGACCUGCAGCUCCCACCCCCCCUGAGGACAGGGCUUCCUCUGGGCAGCUCUCAGUAGGAGGCCCCACACCCCUAGCAGAGAGUCAUCCCUAACACUGGAACCCCUCCACCCACCUUGGGGUUGACUGGUGAGUGCUGAGAAUCCAGAGGGGCCAAACCCCACCCUCCUUCCCCAAACAGCCUCCUCCAGCUCCUAAUACCCGUUUUUCCCAGAACCCCUGUCCUCACAUCACUACUCUGACUCCUGCAGGCUCAGAUCUUUGCAUCUCACCCCACUCUUGCCCCCACCGUGGUCCCCCAGGAGCCAGGCUGGGAGAACUCUAGGAAGAGGCCUGUUCUCGUUGGAUCCGUGCUCGCCAACAUCCCGUUUUCUACCCUCAUUGGUUUGGGGGGACAGAAUCCAGGGCCCCAGCUUGCUCUGGGCCUUAGCCCCAGCAGUGACCUGGGCACCUGUGUCUGCAGAAGAGGCGGUGAACGUGCUGAAUGAUGGACAAGGCUCAGAAGAAUCGUUCUCUGUCCCUUCCUGCUACGGCGGCAUAGGAGCUCCUGUGGGUAGGCAAGGUGAGAGCAGAGGCCCAAAGGGGUCUGGGUUCCCAGCAGCAGGAGCGGGCCCCAGAGGAGAGAGGCCCAGAGGGGCACGCACCUGCUCCCCCGCCUGCUGGAUCUGAGACAGCUGUCCCCAUUUCUGGCUGACCGUGGCCAUGGGCCUGCCUCCCCAGACCCGUCCAGGGCCGGGUUUGGCAUAAAGCUAAGUGGGCCCCACUCUUAGCUCAGGAGGUGUGGCCACGCCCCAGGCCAGGCUGUGGCUAGUGCCUCUGGAGUGAACCUGGCUGGAGUCACCAUCAAGUGUAAUGUCAGCGUGUCCAGGAUCCAGGGUCAGAGGAGUGAAGGGCCUGAGGGUGAAGCUCUGCCUUCAGCUACCUGCUUCCUGCUUUGCAGAGCUCUGGGCAAGGCCCAAAGUCCCCUAGGUAGCCCUCCUCGCCUGGUCCACACCAUCCCCGGGGGCUUGGUGACACUGCGGUCAUGUAGGUGCCUAAAGGGGGACGGGCCCAUCAGGGCACCUUUCCAGAGGAGGGAGGAUUGAUCAGGCCGGGCAGAGGGGAUACCUGCGGACGGGAGGAGCUGGGCGGAGCGCUGGGCAGGGGCAGGGGCGGAGCUGGGCGUCUGGAGGAGCUGGGAUGCAGUUAGAAUCCUCCACUAGCUGUGUAUCUCAGAUAAGCAACUUCCUUCUCUGCGUCUCCAUCCCGUCUUCUGUGAACUGGGCCUGGGGACACCCAGGUCAGCAUGUUGAGGUGAGGAUUCGCUGAGGGGAUCCUCCAACACCCGUCCGCUUAAAUGGUGGGGAGAGGGGAGUUGAGAUGGCAAAGGAGGCAGCAUGGGCCUGGCCCCACAGCCACGCAGUCACAAAGCCAGUGUCCUCCCAGCGGGGGACACUCAGUGGUGAUCACAGCGAGCAGCUCCUCCACUUAAAGGGCUGGUCGCUGCUCUCCGUUCACUUCUCACCAGUGUCUGUGCCCUCAGGCCUCACCUGUCCUCUCACCUCUCUGCACAGCAACAGUCCACAUGGUUUGCUGUUCCCUCCUCAGAGCACCCGCUCAUACUGUUGGACAAAUUACUGACUCUCUCUGUGCCUCAGUUUCCUAUAGCAGCUCAUUUCCUCAGAGGCAUGUUGUAAGGGUUGCACAAGUUGACAUGUGAAAGCGCUUAGUGUGGCCCCUCUUAUCUAGGUGGCAGCUGUUGUUAUUACUCUUAUUUCCACUCCUGGGGAUCCCCCUCCCCCUCCCAGGACCCCCGUACCUCAGCCUCUGCCCUAGGCAUGGGCUCUAGGACUCUGUCUGGUUGGCAGCCGCUGGGGCCCACAAUGGGGAGCUGCUGAGCACCAUGGCAAGGAAGGUGCAGGAUCUGGAGGAGCAGGUGAAGGACCAGAACAACCAGAUGCUGUCCAAGGAUGAGAAGAUACAGUCCCUCGAGGAACUGGUGGCGACCCUGCAGGAGCAGAAGGCGGUUCCUCGGUGACUAUGGUCUGCAGUGGGUGGGCGAGCCCAGGGACCGUGAGGACUCGGAGGACAUGACAAGCUCAGAGGAUGACACGGACUGGAUGACAGCCAAGAAGUUCUGGAAGCCAGCGGAUUCAUUGGUGCCCCCUGAAGUGGACUUUGAUAGGCUGCUGGCCAGCCUGAAGGACCUCAGUGAGCUGGUGGUAGGCAGUGACACCCAGCUGACACCAAUGCCCGGUGGAGCACGGCUCCACGAUCUUGAGCCCAUCCCAGUGAAGCUGUACCGGAACGGCAUGAUGAUAUUUGAUGGGCCCUUCCGAUCGUUCCAUGAUCCCUCCACACAGAGAUGCCUCCGAGACAUACUGGACGGCUUCUUCCCUGCAGAGCUCCAGCGCCUGUUCCCUGAUGGGGUCCCCUUUAAGGUGAGUGACCUGCGCAAUCAGGUUUACCCAGAGCAUGGGCUGGACCCAUUCCCAGGUGAGGGCCGAGUGACAGGCAUGCAGAGGAUUCGAAAGCCCUCAGUCAUGAUGGAGCACCCAGGUUCCAGGAUGACUCUUGAGAAGUUUCUGAACAAGCUCCCCAAAUUUGUGAUCCGUCAAGGCGAGGUGAUUGACAUCCGGGGCCCCAUCCGGGAUGCCUUCCAGAACUGUUGCCCAUGGCCUCUCCCGGUCCAGGAGAUCAUGGUGGAGACGCCUGCCUUGGCUGCUGAGCGUAAGAGGAUCCAAGAGUCUCCCGAGUCGCCUGAGCACCCGCUCUCCAUGCUGCGCAUCAAGUCUGAGAACGGCGAGCAGGCCUUUCUGCUAAUGAUGUGGCCUGAGGACACUGUUGGUGACGUGAGAGCCCUGCUCGCGCAGGCCAGGUGGGUGCGGGGCCAGAAUGGCGGAUGCAGUGGGUCUCUGGUCCCAGGUCCCACGACUGACCUGAUCUCUUCUGCCCGGACCCCAGGGGCAUGGACCCAAAUGCCUUCGAGAUCUUCAGUGUGUUCCCGCCCACAGUCUACCGCGAGGACGAGCUCACGCUGCAGGCCGCCGGACUGGUGCCCAAUGCAGCUCUGCUACUGCGGGCGAGCCGGGCCCUGCCGCCCGCCACUGGCCCCCAACCAAGCCCCCAACCCAAAUAAAGCACCCGCCCCCAUACCAGCUGCUUCCUGAGGCUCCUCUGUGGGGCAGCCCCGCUGGGCACCAGGGGAGGCUGGGGCCCAGCUGGGUCGGGGAGGGGGCGGCGCCGACCGGCCCUCUCAGUAACUUGAGCCCCAGCUGGCAGGCCUGGCUGCUGGGUCUUUGUCCUCUAGG